AUGGAAUCUCUUGUUGGUGUCGGCUCCAUCUUUCCAGUUGAGUUGCCGACCGAUCCAAGCCCUGGUCAACUAGGUAAUUUCAAUGACUACAUGGGCUCUCCCGCGGUGGGAAUGAUGAACCGUUUCGACGGCCCCUUCCUCGGCGGUGCAAAUGACUUCCCUGGAUCAGCCCAAGCAGGUACCCACGAGCUCUUUACACCAUCGGCUCAGGACUGCGCACUCAAUCUAUCCGAAGCCCACAGCCAGCCUCAGGGGAGUCACACAACUCCUGCGCAGCCCCCGAACGCCACUAACGCCUAUCGCCCUCUUCCGCACAACACCAUAUCAAGGAUUCCAGACCUUCCUACGCUCACUCUGCAGACGGACGGAUUUCAAGGGAGAAGCAUCCCGUCUUCAAGGCGGCAAUCCUGGCAGAGCGGCAGAUCUUCAGCCGUGCAAAGCCAGUUCACUGGCACGACACCUUCAUCCGGCUACCUCAGCACCCCGUUCAGUUCGAUCCAGUCAUCGUUCGACACGCCCCACUCUUCCCAUCCACCAAGCGGGCUCAAUCCCUCAAGUGCAAGCUUCGGCCGCAGCGCAAACCUUUGGUCAUCGGAAAGUGCAGUGUCUUACAAGCAGAACGACAACUACGCCUUGUCGCCGGAACCCUCUCGGAUGACUGGGUUCCGAUCGUUCGGAGAGAUGCCCUCGUACCUGGACUUCUUCCCCGACACCUCCCCCUUUAACGCCAAUCCAUCCCCGACAACAACUGGCGCCAACGCUCAGCAACCACCCACCAACCGCGCCGAAACCCUCGCCCCGCCCCCCCUCCGCAUCCUCGCCCCAACCCCGCACUCCUCCGCUCCACCCGCCCCGACCCGUCCACCUCAAGCUCCGACGCAACACCAUCAACAACAACAUCUCACAUCGUCAACAUCGUCAUCAUCACCGCCUCACGAUCCUAGCGCCACCCUCAACUCCGACGCCCCCACCACCACCUCCCCCACCGCACCACCCCCCCUCCACACACCCACACCCACACCCAAAAAAACCCCCACCCCCAACCCCUUCUGCCCCCGCUGCAACCGCCGCUUCACCAGCAAACCCCGCGACCUCGGCCGCAACAUCCGGCGCCACCUCUCUCUCGCGUGCCCCGCGCAGCGCGACGUCGGGGCGGAUGCGGAUGGACAAAACGGGCAAUCAGACGGGCAGUAUGUUGCGCAUGUGCAGCGGCCGCCGCGGCUGCCGUGCUCGUUUCACGGCGUGUGCGGCAAGACGUUUGCGAGGGACUGCGCGAGGAGGGUGCAUGAGAGGAGGCAGCAUGGGGCUGUUGUUGGGAGGGUGGUGGCGAGGGAGAGGGAGAGGGGGGGGUUGAGGGGGGGAGCGGGAGCGGGAGCGGGAGUGGGAGGGCGGCGGGGUGGGGGUGGGGUCGGCUUUGUGGAUGGAUGA